AUGCAAUUUACGACUCUCUUUUCCGUUCUUGCUUCCCUGAGCCUCUCCAACGCCGCUGCUCUCGGAAAACCCUCUACCUGGAGGGCGACCAACUGGGACAUCGUUUGCUCCGGUGGCUGUGUAUACUCCUUCGACAUCUCUGCUGCUGCAUCUGAGUAUACUCCUGGCUUCAAUACCCAUUGCGAGGGUAUCUCCGGCAAUACUACAUUCUGCGACAACCGCAAUAUCACCGCAACCGUCAUAAAACAGCAGCACCCACUGUGGAAGGUGACCGUGAAGCACUAUUGGGCCACCUACGAAGGCCAUUACUAUAAUCGAUUUUCGGCAGCUGGUAGUGCCAAUGUCACCGAAUCAACUGACACCUUCUCCAUCAACCCCAAUGCGCUAUAUGGAGCUUAA